UUUAUACUGUCACUACCAAAUGAAAUUAUGAGUUUAAAGCACACAGCGUUGUGUUUACUUUUCUGCUAUCUGGUUGUUAGUAUCCAAUCUAUAGCUAAAAGUAAGAUAUUGCUGUUGGAUUUUUUUACAAGUCCUUGUAAAUGCAGAUGUGGUGUGCCGAACAGACAGGCUAGAAUUCUAGGUGGAGAGUUGACGAUGAACCACGAAUUUCCAUGGUCUUCCACUAUCCAUGCCUUUCGCAACAACACUGCAGAAGAAAUCCAAGGAACGCUGCUCAAUAAUCGAUACAUUGUUACUGCAGCUUCCCGGGUUUUAGGAUUAACACCACUUGACUUGAAAGUCACUUUAGGACAAUAUGACAAGUGCUUUCCUGACACAUCAUCCAUGAAUGUCAGCGUAGAAAAAAUAGUGCUCCAUCCUGAUUUUUCAGAGACAACCAGAGCUCAUGACUUAGCCCUGAUCAAAUUUAAUGGGCAGGUAAAUUUUGAGAGACGUAUACAGCCGAUCUGCCUACCAACUCCUAGUAUCAGAUAUCUAGGACAAGUUGCCACCAUUCUUGGUUGGCCGAAAAAAAACAACGACCAAUGUGUGGGUAGAAAGAUAGGUUUGCCAGUGUUGGAUCAGAAAACUUGUAGUUCCUUCUCAGAAAAUAAUCACCUUGUUACGCAGGAUAAACAAUGUGCAGGAGUGGUUGGUGCAAAAAGUUUAAUUUGUUCGGAUGAUGCAGGAGGGCCAGUUAUGUUUAGAUCAUAUGGAGGCACAUACGAACUGUUAGGUAUUCUGGCAGACUACAAUGAUUGUGAGAAGCCUGAGAAUUUAGUAUAUUACACAGCUAUUAAUGAACAUCUGACUUGGAUAACCCACAACACAAGAGAUGCUUGUUAUUGCUAUAAGAUCUAAAUAUUAUUCUGUUAAUUAGAAUAAGCUUUGCGAGUCAUUUUGUACUGUACAU